UACCUUACCUUUCUUUUGCAGUCCCAAAAAGUUCAGAUGAACAAGGACAUGACACUUGCCAGCAACCGAAGUUUGGCUGAAAGUAAUCUUUUAUACCAACCAAAAUUGGACUCUCUGAAAGCAAGUUUGACCCAAAAAUAUCAGGAGCUGCAGGUUCUUUUUGAAGCAUAUCAGAUCAAGAAAACCAAACUAGAUAAACAAUCCAGCAGUGCUGCUCUGGAGACACAAUUAGCACUUCUUCAAACAGAGGGCGCUAAGAUUGAAGAAGACACUGAGUAUGGAUAAAUGGCUGAAGAAUGUGACUGGAAAUACAACUAACAAACGUUCGAAUGAUGUGCAGCCUAAUACAAGUGAGAAUAAGAAGAUAAAAACUUCUUGGACCCGCAAUUAUUCCGACGAGUAUUGGAAAUUUGGUUUUAGAAGUGUUGGUAGUGAUAAUCACUUGCCAUUAUGCCUAAUCUGUCACACACAACUAUCCAACUAGUGCAUGAAACCAUCAAAACUGAAACGCCAUUUGGAAUGCAAACAUCCAGAAUACGUGAGUAAGCCCAUAGAUUUUUUUCAUAAAUAAGAGAAAUGAAUUAGCUUUUGCUAAAAAAAAGCAUGAAAAGUACACUUUCAAUGGGCUCUUCAUAUGAAGUUUCAAAACUAAUAGCCGAGACAGGUUAUUCACAUACUGUUGGUGAAAAGUUAAUACUUCCUGCAUUGAAUAGUAUUACAUCCCGUAUUUAUGGAGGAAAAAAGGGAAAUCAGUUGGGUUCUCUGUCUUUAUCCAACAAUACAGUGAAACGUAGAAUUGAAGAAAUAGCAAAAAAUAUUGAAGAAAUGCUCAUUCAUCGACUACAGAAUAGUCAGUUUUUUGCAUUACAAGUGGAUGAAAUCACUGAUAUAGCAGAUGCUGCCAAUUUGAUGUGUUUUGUUAGAUAUGAUUAUGAAAGCUCCAUUCAAGACGAUCUCUUAUUUUGUAAACCACUUCCAACAAGAACAACGGCUGCCGACAUUUUUAAGCUAAUCAAUGAUUUUAUUAUUCAAAGCGAUAUUGACUGGAAAAAGUGUGUUGGACUGAGCAGUGAUGGGGCUCGAGCAAUGGCAGGGUCUUGCACUGGGCUUGUUCUGCAGAUUCGAGCUGUAGUGCCUGACUGUGUAUGGGUGCACUGCAGUAAUCACAGAGAGGCACUAGCUGUGAAAACUAUGCCAUCACUUUUGAGUUCCACUCUUCAAGAAUGUGUGAAGUUUAUAAAUUAUAUAAAAGCUCGUCCUUUGAAUUCCAGAAUCUUUACUGCUUUGUGCAACGAAUUAGGAAGUGAACAUGAGCAUCUCUUACUACACUGUGAGAGUCGAUGGCUGUCGAAAGGAAACAUUUUGAAACGACUCUUUGAAAUGAAGGAUGAAGUUUUAUUGUUCCUGGAGCCGACACCCUCCAUCGGCAAAAGAUGUUAUAUUUAAAUUUAAAGACAGGUUUCAUGAAUUUGAUUGGUUCACAAUGGUGGCUUACUUAUGUGACAUAUUUUGUCUUUUAAGUGAGUUAAGUCUGAAUUUACAAGGCACUAAAAUUAAUAUUUUCAAAGUUGAUGAAAAAGAUUAAGCAACAAUUAAAAAACUUUGUUUAUGGGCACAGCGAGUUAACAAGAGAAACUUUAAAUCUUUUUGUACUUCAACUGAAUUACAAGAGAAAUAUGCUGAAACUAUAAUAUCUCAGAUGCGAU